AUGAACAAGAGCACCCAUUACGUCCGUUCUCCAUUAACCAAAAUUAUUGAUUCCUGUACAAUAGUUGAAUUACCUACUAAGGUGAAAAGUAAGCAAGAACAUUUUCUACCAGAGCUUGUGAAAGAGGAGUUAGAUGCCUUGCCUGAAUAUUCGAAGCAAAGGCCGAAGGCUAGGGGAACUCUUAAGGAAGACACAGGGAAAGGGACUGUAGCAUCUCCAAAUAAGUUGGAGAUGAAAUCAAAUCAAGCCAAUGCUGUAACAAGGUUGCUACCUGGAUGGGCUGAAGCAAAGGACCCGGCAACAGGUUCGUCAUAUUACUAUCACGUAAGUACUAGGAAAUCCCAAUGGGAGAUUCCUUCUGAGAAUUUUGGUAGUGCACAACCUCUGUAUUUACCUCCACAACAAGAUUGGAUUGAGACAUUAGCAUCAGGUUGCAGAUACUACUAUAAUACAAAAACAGGUGUAUCACAAUGGGAGGUCCCAGAAUCACUCAAGAAGGUUCCCUUGCAGCACAAUAAAGAGACGGCUUCAAAGAGUACAGUCAACAAAAAUGGGCAAAGCCCAUUCUUCAUGCAAAUUAAAUGCAUGGGAUGUGGUGGAUGGGGAUUGGAUCUUGUCCAAGCUUGGGGGUAG